ACUCCUAGGUACUGAAAAAACUUCUAUUUAUUCAGAUGAAAUUAAAGCAGAACCUCCUGCAUUUAACCUGACUGAACAACCACAGGAAGAAUGCCAGAGUUUUGGCCCAAAUACCUCUAGAAAUAGCAAAUGUUCUUCAAGCACAUUACAAAGUAACAUGUUUUCUGCUGAAAGUUCCCCAUCAAGGACUGCAAUGUUAGUAAAAGAUUGUAGGAAUUCUAGUGCAGAGUGUAUGACUGGUACCAAUCAUGAUGAGAGCAUUAGAAAAGGGACAAGUGAUAAUAUCAGCAUUGAAUCACCUGGUGUCCCUCAAGGCACAUUAUUAGGUACUCCGACAACUUCUUUUUGUUCAAAUGAAGUGCGGACAAACCAUUCUAUGACUUCAUUAGAAAAAACUUUAGAGCUUGUAAAGAAGAGAAAGAAUGGGAUGAGUAAGGUUGAGGGUGAAAGUUGCAAGAAGGCUAAGAGGAAGCGAAAACCAACAAAACCUAUAAAGUCAAUGGAAUACUGCAAUGAAGCUGAAAGAAUGGUUGUUGGAAACCUGCCAUCACCCAAAGCAACGGCUUCCUAUUCAACGGAUCAGGUUAUGUUGAUGGAGGCUGAUUCUUCUGCUCUCAAUGAUGAACAGUUCUCACAGUUUUCAACUCAGCACAUGCAUUGUCUUUUGAACUUCAAGCGAUAUGAAUGCCUCCAGUGCGGCCUAGGCUUUGCCUCUAAGAAAGCAAUGAAUGUCCAUAUCCGAACCCAUUCUGAAGAAAAGCCAUACUGGUGUACAGAGUGCGACAUCGGCUUCACAGAACAUCAUUUGUAUAUGUCGCACAUGCAGAGUCAUAGGCCGUAUGAAUGUGACGAAUGCGGUGCUGAUUUUGCUGACAGUACAACCUUGCAGAACCACAAGCUCCUCCACUUACAGUCAAAGAACUUCAAGUGCUCCGUCUGCUCCAAGAUGUUCAAGCAGAGGGCUGGAUUGGCCAGUCAUAUGAUGAAUGCCCAUCCCCAAAGCCACACUGAUGAUAAGCCAUUCUGGUGUAAAGAAUGUAACAAAGGCUUCACCCAGAAUCAUUCCUACAAGGCUCAUUUGCGGAUCCACUCAGGGGAACGUCCAUACCUUUGCAAAGAAUGCGGUGCUGCCUUUGCAGACAACAAAACCUUGCAGAACCACAAGGCACUGCACUCCGACGAGAAGACCUUUAAGUGCACCGUUUGCCCCAAGAUGUUCAGGCAACGAGCUGGGCUGGCUUGUCAUAUGAAGACCCAUACCGACGAGAAGCCAUUUAUGUGCGAGCUGUGCGGACAAAGCUUCAAGACGAAGUCCACCUUGAAGAAUCACCAAAGGAUACAUUCUGAGGAGAAACCUUACCAGUGUCCACUGUGUCCUCAAGCUUUCAAGCAGAGAGCUGGUCUUGCCUGCCACAGUAAGGUCCAUGACAAGGGAAUCCCUUAUUAACACGAUGACUACUGGAGAAACCUUACCAGUGUCCACUGCGUCCUCAAGCUUUCAAGCAGAGAGCCGGUCUUGCCUGUCACAGUAAGGUCCAUGACAAGGGAAUCCCUUAUUAACACGAUGACUACUGAAUAUUCUAAAUCUCUUAGGCUUAAGUUCCUUUAGGCAAUGCGUUUAGCAAGACUUCACAUUCUUCAUUGCCACAACCUAUCUUUGUACCAAUUUCUAGAUUUGCCCUCAAGCUUACAUUCAAAGGGCUAGUCUUGCUUGCUAUAGUAAGGUGGGUGUGAAGACAUUAAACCCAUUGUGAACCAGCGAAGCUCAGGUGCACAGAGUUUCCAAACUAGGAACUGUUACAACUCAACUACCUCGACUGAUUCAACUUAAAGGGAUCCGGUAACUUUGUCUUAGAUCCUUUAAAAAAAAUCCUUGAUUUAGCUCAUGCUGCAAUGAUAAUUAAAAC